UAUUUCGUAUGGCGGAUGUGUCCGCUGUGGGUGCAGUGUUUCCGGUAUUCAUGAAUGCCUCGGUAAAGGAGCGCGGUUCCUGAAGAAAAAUAGGAGUAGCGGGCUCCGCGUCUAGACUGUCGUCCGCGCAGAAAAUAACGUGCAGAUUCUCGCAGAAAACCACGCGCUUUUUUUUUUUUUUUUUUUUUGGGUUUUGUUUCUCAUUUCUGUUCAACGACUUGCAACCGUUCGGAGCCUGAUCUCAGUGUGGAUCCGCCAGCCACCAAGAAUCUUGCCUGUAGCAGUUAACCGUUAGCUUAAGUAGCGAGCCGUGCGUUACCAGCGAUGUCGGGUGUUGUACGAGGCCCUGCCGGGAACAACGACUGCCGAAUUUAUGUGGGAAAUCUCCCCCCUGAUAUUCGCACAAAAGAUGUGGAGGACGUGUUCUACAAAUACGGGACAAUUCGAGAUAUCGACCUGAAGAACCGGAGAGGGGGCCCGCCUUUCGCCUUCAUUGAAUUCGAAGAUCCGAGGGACGCCGACGACGCCGUCUAUGGACGUGAUGGUUAUGACUACGACGGCUACAGACUGCGUGUGGAGUUCCCUCGGAGCGGCAGGGGCUCCAGAGGCGGGUUUGGAGGGAUCGGUGGAGCUCCCAGGGGAAGAUACGGGCCUCCAUCCAGACGCUCAGAGUACAGGGUCAUUGUGUCGGGGCUGCCUCAAAGCGGCAGCUGGCAGGACCUGAAGGACCACAUGCGCGAGGCAGGCGACGUGUGCUACGCCGACGUUUUCAGAGAUGGAACCGGGGUUGUAGAAUUUGUGCGCAAAGAGGACAUGACCUAUGCCGUUCGAAAGCUGGACAACACCAAAUUCCGCUCACACGAGGGAGAGACUGCUUACAUUCGUGUGAAAUUAGACGGUCCCCGCAGCCCAAGUUAUGGAAGAUCACGCUCCCGCAGCCGUGGCAGCCGGAGCAGGAGCCGCAGUCGCAGCGCCAGCCGAAGCCGCAGCAAUUCCCGUGGCCGUGGCAGAGGAUCGCCCCGCUACUCGCCUCGUCACAGCCGCUCUCGCUCCCGUUCCUAAACCUUUCUACCACCAAUGUUUUGCCCUUUUGAUGUAUACCCCCCCCUGUUUUUACCUCUUAUGAGUUUCUCCAGAUGUCAGCUAUUGAUUUUUAAUUUUUGCAUUUCAUGUCCCGAUGUCCUUGUGGAUGAUCUUGGUAUGUAGAUGUACCCCACCGCCCCCCUUCACCCUUUCCCCACCCUUUCCAGCUGCUUCGUCCUCGUUUUCUCCCUCUCUCCUCUCUGUCCUCUAAAUUUUUUCAACAUUAGAAGUUGUGCUGUGUUGAACUUCAAAAAUGUUGAGUUGUUAUAAAUUGCACUCAAUGUUUUUGCAAGUAUUGAAAAUUGAGGGUUUUUUCUUUUUUUUUUUUUUUUUUUUUCUUUUUUUUUUCUUUUUUUUUUUUUUAUAAAGCUUCUCUCAUUGGAUAUGUGGGGUGGGCUGUUUGGACGGGGAGCCCAAUGCUUAACUGUAUUUUACCCUUGUGUCUUCCUUUAGACAUCUGAAGAGAAGGAUUAAAGUGAUUUGGAAUAAAA